CUCACCUCAAGAAUCACAUAUGAAGAAUAGCUAGCGUGCUAGCUAGCUUUGCUAAAGUGCUUCAGUGCGAUUUUUUUUUAGCUUUUUGAGGCAUUCGUCGAGGCUACAGGAACAGCGACGCCUGAGCGGAUAGUCAACAUGGGUCCAAAAAAGAGAGGAGCAAGAAAAAGGAAAAACGAGGAGGCUUUGGAAGACGACAGGGAGGAAGAGGACACAAAUGAGAGAGGAGAAAGGAGGAGGAAGGAGCGUGGAAAUAAGAAAUACAUUGGAGCUCAUGUUGGCAUUUCAGGUGGAAUAUGGAACGCAGUGGAGUCCUGCACAGACAUGGGCGGCAGCAGCUUUGCCCUGUUUCUGGGCUCCCAGCGCUCGUGGAAGAGACCUGCAUUGGACCAGACAGCUGCAUCCAAGUUUCAGGAGCAAUGCUCCCUUCAGGGGUAUGACCCAGCUCACAUCCUGCCUCAUGGGUCUUACCUGAUGAACUGUGGAUCUCCUAAAGAGGAUGUGUUUGAGAAGAGCCAGGCUCUGCUGGUGGAUGAGCUCAGCCGCUGCAGCCUCCUUGGACUCAGCCUGUACAACUUCCACCCGGGCUCCUCCCUGGGCUCCAUCACCACUGAGCAAUGUAUUGACAAGAUAGCAGGAGCCAUUAACCACGCUCACCAGCAAACACCUGCUGUGGUUACAGUGUUGGAGAACAUGAGCGGUCAAGGCAGUACGGUGGGCGGCAAGUUCUCAGAGCUGAAGAGCAUCAUAGACAAAGUGAGGGACCAGAGCAGAGUGGGUGUGUGCCUGGAUACCUGCCAUGCCUUUGCAGCAGGGUAUGAUGUGUCUGCAGAGGGAGGAGUAAAGGCCAUGCUUGAUGAGUUUGAUCAAGAAGUUGGGCUCCACUAUCUCAGAGCUAUCCAUCUCAAUGACUCAAAAGGCAAGCUUGGUUGCAACCUCGAUCGGCAUGAAGACAUCGGUAAAGGUCAAAUCGGACUCUCUGCUUUCAGAGACAUUGUUAAUGAGCCUAGACUGGACAACAUCCCGUUGAUACUGGAGACACCUGGAAGGCCUGGAUUCGAGUAUGCUGAGCAGAUCGAACUUCUCUACUCCCUCUGUGAGAAAAAGUAAAAAAAGCAACACGUUUGAAUUCACACUGCUGAAUUAAAGCAUGCCAGUCCAUAGAUCACACAACUGUGAUCUGUCAAGGACCAAAUAACAUGCCAGUUGAGCCUGUUACUCUAAAUAUUCUGAAAAUAUUUUAUCUGUUAGUGUUUGAAAAGUUUCAGAGAGGAUCUGCCUCUGAUUGAGCUUAAGUUAAAUAAAUGGGUUUUGUAAGUUUCAAACCUCUGA